CCAAAGCAACGAGGGCGAGGUGAGGUGAGGUGAGGGCGUGAAACUUGGCUGCUUCGUCUUCCUCGCUCCUGGCUAUGGAAGCCUCCUUGCUCGUUACGCCCAAACCUUCCAUGUCCAGGACAGCGUCCUUGCUCUUCUCCACAUCCACCAGGAGGUGCAUCGUCGCCAGCGCCGCCAAGCAGGACAUGGAGAGAGGCAUAGGAGGAGGAGGAGGAGGAGGAGGAAGAAGGAGGAGCAACGAUGCGCAGCAGCAGAGUACGUCGAGCAGCAAUCCGCGAGGAGCUCGGGGCCUGCUCGCGGCGGCCAUGACGAGCGGCGCCGCCGCGCUGCCGUGCCAAUGCGAUGCCGCUGCUGCCGCCUCGCCGGAGCAGCAUCAGUGGAAGCGGGUGGCGGAGGAGGCGUGCAGGGUGGUGGCGGUGGUGGGGGAGCUGGACCCGGCGACGGCGAAGGCGGCGAUCGGGGUGGCCGGGCCGGCGCUGUCGGCGUUCGGGUUCCUCUUCAUCCUCCGCAUCGUCAUGUCGUGGUACCCGAGGCUCCCCGUGGGCGAGUUCCCCUACGUGGUGGCGUACGCGCCGACGGAGCCGUUCCUCGCCGUGACGAGGAAGGUGAUCCCGCCGGUGGGCGGCGUGGACGUGACGCCGGUGGUGUGGUUCGGGCUCGUCAGCUUCCUCAGCGAGAUCCUCGUCGGGCCUCAGGGAUUGCUCGUGCUCCUCUCUCAACAAAAGCCUUGAGCAUCCUGUCGCCGCCGUAGUUGAGUUUUUCACCACCGGUUAAACUUUCACUGGCGAAUUUCAGAUGAUGAAGUGAACAGCUCGUAUUUCCUCUC